CUCGGAAAGCACGUGCGCACUGCCAAAACCAUGACCCGAAUCACUGCUGCAACAGCCCAGAUCUACGGCUCACAAGUAGCCAAAAGGAAGGAAACCAGUGAACUGAGAAAGACUUUGAAGCCGUUAAUGGAAAAAAGACGGCGCGCGCGUAUCAACGAAAACCUCGAACAACUGAAGACGCUUAUUCUGCGUUUGGUUGGCAAAGAUAAAUCUCGCCACUCGAAAUUUGAGAAAGCGGAUAUUCUGGAGAUGACCGUACGAUUUCUCAGACGGCUUCCGUCUACUUCAGCUAAAAGUCCAUCUGAAAGUUACAAAGAGGGCUACAAAGCAUGCCGUCAGCGCAUCUCAACCUUACUCUCCACAACCAAUCUUCUUGACCAAGACACCAGCCAGCGGGUAAACGAGUACCUCAAACACUCCAUGUUGAUGUGGGACGCUCCUUCUUGCCAGAACUGCAAGUGUAGGGGGCAGAACUAUCAAGGACCCCCCCAAAUGAGCACUGGAGCUGUGAGGGUAGCGUCUACAGGCACUGGAGGCUCCCGUCGCGAUUCCAGCAGGAAUGCAAACAGCAGCAUUCUGUAUGUGAACCAGCCGCAGCCAAUGGCACAAGCUAUAAGUACUAACAUGUGGAGACCUUGGUAGAUUAAAUGUUAGCAAUGAGACCCACCUAAAUGUGAAGAAUUGUAUUUGUAUGCACUUAAGGGAAAAAGGAUGCAAAGACAUUGUCACAAGUCUAAUAGGACAACAUAGCAGUGCACUGUAAUGUAUACAUGCUGAAGUAUUUCAAUGACAAGUUGCGAUUCAUUGACUCGAGUUCACGGGCUGUGAAAAAAAUAUGAAUUCUGUGUUAUAUUUAAUUCUCCUUUGGGGGUUAAACGAGCAUGACAUGGGUUGUAAAAAAACACCUUUGUAAACCCCAGGGGUUGUUUUAUUUGUGUUGUAUUUGCACAGUUAACUUUUAUAAGGUGGGUCUGUGCAAAGAGGUGAGCUGUAAGC